AUGUCGUCGCAAGAUAAACAAUUCCAGCCGCCCAAGGCAGCACAGUCUCAACAAUGGCCCGGCCUUGAAUCAGAGAUGCAACCACCCAGCGAAGUCAGUAGACUGCAGGGAAGCGAAGGGCUUGUUGAAUAUGUUGGCGCAGGCAAGCUCAAGAAUAAGAAGGUCCUUAUCACUGGUGGCGACUCCGGUAUUGGUCGUUCAGUCGCAGUGCUGAUGGCCAGAGAAGGUGCCGACAUCACUAUCGUUUACCUACCACAAGAACAGAAGGAUGCAGACCAGACAAAGAAGUUGGUAGAGGCCGAGAAGAGAUCAUGUCUACUUGUUCCUGGAGAUCUAAGACAGCGUGACUUCUGUCAAAAGGCUGUCGAGGAACACAUCAAGCAGUAUAAAACACUCAAUGUGCUCGUUAACAACGCCUCGAAACAAUACACCUGCAAGGAUUUCGUCGAUAUCGACCUCGACAAAGUCGAAGAGACCUUCCAUUCGAACAUUCUCCAGAUGUUCGCAAUCACGAAAUUUGCCCUGCCGCAUAUGUCCAAGGGGGAUUCGAUCAUCAACAACACCUCCGUAGUCGCAUUCCGCGGUACAGCCGGUAUGGUGGAUUAUGCCGCCACCAAGGGCGCAAUUGUCGGCUUCACGAGAGCUCUAGCGCAGCAGCUCAUGCCAAAGGGUAUCCGGGUUAAUGCCGUUGCCCCCGGCGUCGUCUACACUCCCAUCCAGGUUGAUACAAAGCCUGCUGAAGGCAUGGUUGAUCUAGGGUCGGGCAAGCCCCUUGGUCGUCCCGGUCAAGCCAGUGAAAUUGCCACCAGCUUUGUGUUCUUGGCUAGCCAUGAUUCCUCUUACUAUUAUGGCCAGAUUCUGCACUGUUACCCCCUGGGCGAUUAG